AUGAACCAACCAAAGUUUGGGCUGCUCUGUGUUAGUGCUCAUUUCGCACAGCAAGUAAGAACUAAGCAGCCUAGAAUGGUUCCUACGUGAGAGGGGGGUAGUGGAGAUGCUCUAUUCAACUGUCCUCUGCUGGUGCAAUGCUUGCCGCUGAGAUGGAAGAAAGCUCUGUAUACCUGCCAAUGGCCAUAGGGAAUGUCUCCCACUUGAAGCACGCUCUUCUAGUACCAUACUACGACCGAGGGUACAUAAACAGCGAGCGUUACUAAAAAUCCAACAUCUCCCAAAGCUCUGAUUGAAGAAUCGUGUUCGAGUGAAGCAAACUCCCGUGUAUAAAAAACCCACCACCUAUAAUAUAUUAUAUACUUAUCCCCUCCCCCACCAAACCCGCAGUAGUCUUCCUGUUUGCGUUGGUACUGGGACGUCUAUUGUGUGGGGAAAAAAACACAGAAAGAAGGGACUGAGGCAAGAAACGAUGGAAGCAGAACCAAACGGAGAUUUGAAAUAUGAAUUUCUACCCCCAACUCUUCAACGAAAGGUAUGUUUAAAGGAAAGGAAGAAAGAACUGGCCUCGCUGUUAGCAUUCAAGUCCCUCCACUUGCCUAUUACAUGCUCUGGACUAUCACGAUGAUCAAAUGUGGGACUUCUCACCCUCUCUUUCUACUACCCAUUCAUUCCUCCUUAUCUGUCUACUUAAAUGGAUAAUGAAAAAGCGUGGGAAGCUGGGGAUUGCUAGUGUUCAUUCUAGGGUUGCUC